AAAUAUUGGGUAGUAUAUAUAAAAGCAGGAAAGACGCCUCCAUCUCUCCAAAUAGAACUUAACUAACUUAACUUAACCUAAAUCAACUUUGCAUUUUUGCAUUUAGCUCCACGUUGUGAGUUUUUCAACAAUCAUGCGGAAAUUCGAUGUAUUAAGGGAAAUAUUAUCUCUAAAAAAGUGCUAAAAUGUCUUCUCGGACCGAAACGGGAUUCUCUCUCUGAGAAAUUCGCUAUAAUUCGAUUUUGCAAAAAAGUUGUGUACUUCUGAAUGACAUGUUUAAACUGAUUGUUAUAUGCGACUAUUCGCUACUAGCUCGCAUAAAUUGCUGAUACAACGGCCUAUAAUAGUUCCGACAAGCGUUUCUUUUGUGUCCCCUCUACUAGUGCAUGAUAAGAUUUGCGCUGAUGAUACGUAUCUGUACUUAUAACAUAUUGUGCCGCGAAAGACGUAGCCAUUCGUUCUCGGCCAUAUUGAUCACAAUGGAGUCGUCGUCUUCGUCAUCAUUAUUCUCGUUGCCCUUCGUGUUUUUGUUGAUCACAUUGGUCAUAAUCAGUGUAAUGAAAGUUAUCGCUUUUGUGUACCGUCAGUUUACGUAUUGGAUGAAACGAGGUGUUCCUCACAUACUCAGCUUCGGAAUGUUCUGGACUAUGUUUUUGCGACGCCUGAAUUUCGCCGAAUACUGCCAGUACCUCUAUAAUUAUAUGCCAGACGCCAAGUACAUUGGCCUGAUGAGCAUGGGUACACCUCUCGUCCUCCUGCGCGACCCUGAGCUGAUUAAGAAUGUAAUGGUAAAAGACUUCGAGCACUUCCCGGAUCACAAAACCUUCUUGAACGAAGAGGUAGAUCCGUUGUUCUGUAAGAACAUCUUUUCCUUGCGCGGCAACCGCUGGAAAGAAAUGAGGAGUACGCUGAGCCCUUCCUUCACCGCCAGCAAGAUGAAGGUUAUGUUCGAGCUAGUGUCCAAGUGUUCAUGCGAGUUUACCAAAUACCUAUCCGAUCAUCCUGAGCGGUGCUCCUCCAUUGACGCAAAAGAGGCUUUCAGACGAUACACUACCGACGUGAUUGCUACGUCGGCCUUUGGCAUCAGCGUCAACUCCAUGAAGGAUCGGAACAACGAGUUUUUUCUCCGAGGAACUGAAGCCAGCAUGUUCGGUACUUUUAAGUUCACGUUCAUACUAAAGAUGAUAUUUCAUCGCAUAUGUCCGCGAUUGGCGAGGAUACUAGGCAUGAGUUUCAUCUCGCCGGCCACGUCGCAGUUCUUCAAGAGGAUCGUGGCGGAAAGUAUAAAUGUCCGGAAAAAGCAGGGUAUCGUACGGCCAGACAUGAUUCACUUGUUGAUGCAAGCUAGGGACAAGGAAGACCCCAAUAUGCAUGAGAUGACGUUAGACGACAUUGUCGCGCAGGCCCUAAUCUUUUUCCUCGCCGGUUUCGACACAUCGGCGACGCUCAUGUGUUUCGUCGUCCAUGAGCUCGCGGUGCAUCGAGACAUCCAAGACCGCCUGUGGGAAGAGGUGGAGAAGCACUUUGCCGAGAGAAAUGGCGAGAUCACAUAUGAGACGAUAUCGAAGAUGGUUUACAUGGACAUGGUAUUGUCGGAAGUCUUACGGAAAUACCCACCGGUGAUUUUCAUUGAUAGGCUCUGCGUCAGGAGAUAUGAGCUUCCGCCGGCGAAGCUUGGCUGCAUGAACGUCAUUGUCGAGCCUGAUUCAAUGACGAUGACGCCUGUUUACGCGCUGCAUCAUGACCCGAAAUAUUUCCCGAACCCAUCCAAGUUCGACCCCGAGAGGUUCAGCGACGAGUGCAAGGAGAACAUCGUGCCGUACACUUACUUGCCCUUCGGCUUAGGGCCUAGGAAGUGUAUCGGCAAUCGCUUUGCUCUCAUGGAGACGAAGGUGUUGGUGGCUCACCUUCUUCACAGGUUUAUAUUCAAGACUACGGAAAAGACUGUUGAACCUAUCGUUUUCGAUAAAAAGCAGUUCACGUUGCAACCUGAUGGCGGAUUCUGGAUCACCUUGGAAAAGAGGCAGAAGUAACACGGAUUGUAGGGAAUAUCGUAGGGAAGGAUAGUUUGUUUUACAUCUUCUACAGAUGUUUUAUCGUUUUAUAAGUGGGAUAUUCAACAUAUGUGUGUGCAUGUGAAUAAGACCGUUCUCGGAAGUUAGCUCUCACCGGCAGUUAAAAUUUAUAAAGUUUGUUUUCUUGCGAGCCGAAGAUCAAGCGUUUCUUUGAUAGCGUCUAUGAUAGCGAUAACAAUUAUUAUAUUUCCUUAUUGCUGAGUUGUAUCAUAUGGUUUUAAUAGCAGUCGCAUGUCAUUGUUGUUGUUUUACAUUUUUAUUUCGUUAAACUUU